ACUCCCAGCGUCCUUUGCGGCUCAUCUCGACCCCUCAAAGGUUUUGCAUCCGGCUACGUACUUCCUUUUUCUCUGUGCCCUAAUGCGAUGAGGACCUAGGGAGACCUGGACCUCGAAAGAAUCUAAAUCCAUCUUAGCAAAAGGCACCACCAAACGUCGCCAAGAUGACCGAGCAGAUGACAGUGAGGGGUACCCUUAAGGGCCACACCGGUUGGGUCACCCAAAUCGCGACUACUCCACAGUUUCCCGACAUGAUUCUGUCUGCGUCCCGAGACAAAUCUGUCAUCAUGUGGAAGUUGACCCGUGAUGAGACCAGCUACGGAACCCCCCAGCGUGCUCUCCAGGGCCACUCUCACUUCGUGAGUGAUGUUGUCAUCUCCUCCGAUGGGCAGUUUGCGCUGUCUGGAUCCUGGGACGGCACCCUGAGACUGUGGGACCUCACCACCGGACUCACCACCCGUCGCUUUGUCGGCCACACCAAGGAUGUUCUGAGCGUUGCCUUCUCCGCUGAUAACCGACAGAUUGUGUCUGGUUCUCGCGACAAGACCGUCAAGCUGUGGAACACCCUGGGUGUCUGCAAGUACACCAUCCAGGACGAGAGCCACUCUGAGUGGGUGUCCUGCGUGCGUUUCUCCCCCAACAGCAGCAACCCCAUCAUCGUGUCCUGCGGCUGGGAUAAGAUGGUUAAGGUGUGGAACCUGGCUAACUGCAAGCUGAAGACCAACCACAUUGGUCACACCGGCUACCUGAACACAGUUACCGUUUCCCCCGAUGGCUCCCUGUGCGCUUCCGGUGGAAAGGACGGUCAGGCGAUGCUGUGGGACCUGAACGAGGGCAAGCACUUGUACACCCUGGACAGCGGUGACAACAUCAACGCCCUCUGCUUCAGCCCCAACCGAUACUGGCUAUGCGCUGCUACUGGCCCUAGCAUCAAGAUCUGGGAUCUUGAGGGUAAGAUCAUCGUCGAUGAGCUGAGACAGGAAGUGAUCAGCACCAACAGCAAGGCGGAGCCGCCCCAGUGUACCUCCCUGGCCUGGUCUGCUGAUGGACAGACCCUGUUUGCCGGCUACACUGACAGCCUGAUCAGAGUGUGGCAGGUCACCAUUGGAACCCGAUAAUGCGUUCCAGAGAUGAUUGGUUAAAUAAAAGACAGACUUUGAAAAGAA